AUGUCAACCAUCUUCCUCGCCCUACGAGUCUAUAGCCGACUUCGAAACACCGGGAUCGGGCUCCAAGCAGACGACUGGACAUCGGCAAGCGUGUCCUGGUUGAUGGCUGUCUUUCUUAUUCGAGGAAACUUGCUGAAGAUCACCAUCGCCCGAAUACAUCACAACCUCCAAUCUGUCGCUCUGGGUUUGACAAAGACAUCGUUUGGAAUCACGCUGCUGAGGUUGAUGCCCGGAGGCUGGGAAGCGAAGCUCGUCUGGGGCGUCAUCGUUACUAUGAACCUGCAGUUUGCGAUCCACAUCAUCGCGUCGUGCUGGCGGGUAGACCAGUCGGUAAUAUUCAGUGUCUUCAGUGCAUUAUACUCAGCUGUUUGCGACGUGGUUCUUGCUCUUUUGCCGUGGAAGAUGAUCUUCAACCUACAAAUGAAACAAUCGGAGAGAAGUUGCUUGGCCAUGGCUUUGAGCAUGGGGAUCCUAGCAGGUGUUACAGGGGUAAUGAAAGCUGUUCACGGCUACGUGUUGAUCAACGUGAGAUCUCCUGAUUAUCUGUACAACCAAGCAGUCUACUGGGUCUGGUCCAUGGCCGAACCAAACGUCACCAUCAUUUCAGCAUCUAUACCUGUUCUUCGCGGUUUCGUUCGCCAGGUCCGAAAACGAACAGAGUCAUCCCCGGGAGCUGGGGCAUACAUCAAGACGGGGGAUGCAAGUGGCAGAUUCUACAAUCAGAGCACUGUGACGGCUACAAGAGCAGAGCCAAGAGAGCACGAUGCAUCCAGUGACAGCAGCAUCCUGGUUUCAGGGCAGCAAGGAAGCAGUACUGGUGGAAGAGGCGGCAUCACAUGGACCACUGAGGUGAGCGUCGAGUACGCACCUCGACCUCAGACUGAACAUCGUAAUGAAGCAGCUGACAAGAAUGCUCCUACAGGCGUGUCUGAGUUCGAGAUGAAGCCUAGAGACCGUCGGAAAGGUAGCACAUAG